CGCAGACGGCGCGGGGAGGGGGACACUGGGUGGACAGAGUCAUCAAGGGCCUUAUACCGACGGGCUGUAGUGGUUGGCGUAAGGAGCCAUAAGCAUUGCUUGGAACUACCGGGCCGCCUCAGUGUGGAGUAGGGGCGGGGAGAAGAGCCCCGGAUACAGCGCGCGGCUCCCGGGAGUUAACGUGCAGCUUGCUGUCUAAGCUCAGGUUUCGAUGCAAAAUGAACAUCAUUAGAGAGAACAAGGAUCUGGCCUGUUUCUAUACUACAAAGCAUUCCUGGAGGGGAAAGUAUAAAAGAGUAUUUUCUAUUGGAACACAUGCUAUAACUACAUAUAACCCCAAUACUCUCGAAGUUACAAAUCAGUGGCCUUAUGGAGACAUUUGCGGUAUCAGCCCUGUGGGUAAAGGGCAAGGAACGGAAUUUGCUCUUACUUUUCGGAAAGGCAGUGGGAAGAAAUCUGAAACACUAAAGUUUUCUACAGAGCACAGAACAGAACUUCUCACUGAAGCACUGCGAUUCCGAACAGACUUCGCUGAAGGAAAGAUUACUGGAAGGCGGUACAACUGCUAUAAGCAUCACUGGAGUGAUACAAGGAAGCAAGUCAUUCUGGAAGUGACUCCUGGAGGCAUUGAUCAAAUUGACCCAACAACCAAUCGUCUCCUCUGCUCUUAUGAUUAUAGAAAUAUUGAAGGCUUUGCAGAUGUGUCUGACUAUCAAGGGGGGUUUUGUAUCCUGUAUGGGGGCUUUAGUCGACUGCACUUAUUUGCAACAGAGCAGAGAGAAGAGAUAAUAAAAAGUGCCAUAGAACAUGCUGGGAACUAUAUUGGCAUCUCCUUAAGGAUAAGAAAAGACCCCAUAGAGUUUGAACAAUACGUCGGCCUUCGCUUGGGGAAAUAUAGCAAUGACGAAUCAAUCACUUCAUUAGCAGAAUUUAUUGUUCAAAAAAUCACGCCAAGGCAUUCGGAGCCAGUGAAACGAUUGCUAGCACUUACUGAAACUUGCUUAGUGGAGCGGGACCCAGCCACCUAUAAUAUUGUAACACUUAAACCGCUAGGAGAGAUUUUUGCACUUGUAUAUGACCCUGAAAACCCUCAGCUUUUUACCAUUGAGUUCAUCAAAGGACAAAUUCGCAAAUACUCUUCAACUGAAAGAGAUUCAUUGUUGGCAAGCCUGCUGGAUGGCGUUAGAGCUUCAGGCAAUAGGGAUGUUUGUGUCAAGAUGACCCCAACUCAGAGAGGUCAGCGUUGGGGUUUAAUGAGUGUUCCUGUGGAUGAAGAAGUAGAAAGUCUUCACUUAAGAUUUCUAACUACACCACCAAAUGGUGUCUUUGCUGAUGCAGUAUUUAGAUUCAACUCUAACAUAUCUUACAGUGGAGUUUUGCAUGCUGUAACACAAGAUGGUCUCUUUUCUGAGAACAAAGAGAAGUUAAUUAAUAAUGCCAUAACAUCCUUACUGUCCCAAGAAGGAGAUGCUGCAGCAUCAAGUGCCGAACUGGAAAGCCAAUUCCAGGCAGUCCGACGAUUAGUGGCUUCCAAAGCUGGAUUCCUGGCCUUCACUCAGCUCCCAAAGUUCAGGGAACGUCUUGGUGUCAAAGUAGUGAAGGCUCUGAAGAGAAACAAUGAUGGAGUGACCCAUGCUGCAAUUGAUAUGCUUUGUGCGCUGAUGUGUCCGAUGCAUGAUGACUAUGACUUGAGGCAAGAGCAACUGAACAAAGCAUCCCUUCUUUCUUCUAAAAAGUUUCUGGAAAACUUGCUUGAAAAGUUUAAUUCCCAUGUGAAUUAUGGAACAGGUGCUCUUGUGAUCAGUUCACUACUGGACUUCCUCACCUUUGCACUAUGUGCUCCAUACAGCGAGACAACGGAAGGGCAACAGUUUGACAUGUUGCUGGAGAUGGUGGCAUCUAAUGGGAGAACCCUCUUCAAGCUGUUCCAGCAUCCCUCUAUGGCUAUUGUGAAAGGAGCCGGCUUAGUGAUGAAAGCUAUUAUAGAGGAAGCUGAUAAAGAAAUAGCUACAAAGAUGCAGGAACUUGCACUAAGUGAAGGUGCCUUACCUCGACACUUGCACACUGCUAUGUUUACCAUAAGCGUUGAUCAGAGAAUGCUCACAAACAGACAGCUAAGCAGACAUUUAGUGGGCCUUUGGACAGCGGACAAUAUGACGGCUUCAAAUUUGCUGAAACGUAUUUUGCCUCCAGGUUUGCUGGCAUACCUGGACAGUCCUGAUCUAGUUCCCGAAAAGGACGUCGACCGAAUGCACAUCAGGGAUAAUUUGAAAAUUGCUUCAGACCAAUAUGGCAAAUUUAACAAAGUUCCAGAGUGGCAAAGGAUUGCUGGUAAAGCUGCUAAAGAAGUUGAGAAGUUUGCCAAGGAAAAAGUUGACAUUGUUCUAUUGCACUGGAGAGACAGGAUGGGAAUUGCACAGAAAGAGAAUAUUGCCCAAAAGCCGGUUAUUCUUCGUAAAAGACGACAACGGAUAAAAAUAGAAUCAAACUGGGAGCUUUUCUACUACAGGUUUCAUCAGGACCAUGCGCGAUGGGAUUUAAUCUGGAACUUCAAAACCAGGGAAGAAUUGAGAGACUCCCUGGAAGCAGAAAUGAGAGCAUUUAAUGUAGAUCGUGAACUUGGAAGCUCCACAGUGAUAUCUUGGAAUCAUCAUGAGUUUGAGGUAAAAUAUGAGUGCCUGGCUGAUGAAAUUAAAAUAGGAGACUACUAUCUCCGGUUACUACUGGAAGAGGAUGAUAAUGAGGAUACUGGAGCAAUAAAACAAUCAUUUGAGUUUUUCAAUGAACUGUAUCAUCGAUUUCUGCUCACCCCAAAAGUGAACAUGAAGUGCUUAUGUUUACAAGCCCUGGCUAUUGUAUAUGGGAGGUGCCAUGAAGAGAUUGGCCCAUUUGGUGACACUAGGUAUAUUGUUGGGAUGCUCGAGAGGUGUACAGACAGACUGGAGAGAGACAGACUCAUCUUAUUCCUGAACAAACUCAUUCUUAAUAAGAAAAAUGUGAAGGAAGUCAUGGAUUCGAAUGGUGUCAGGAUCCUGGUUGAUCUUCUGACCCUGGCACAUCUUCACACCAGCCGAGCCACAGUUCCACUACAAAGCAAUGUCAUUGAAGCAUCACCUGAUAUGAAGAGGGAAAGUGAAAAAGAGUGGUACUUUGGUAAUGCUGACAAAGAAAGAAGUGGACCAUACAGCUUUACUGAGAUGCAAGAAUUCUGGACCAAAGGAGCCUUGAGCCCCAAAACACGCUGCUGGGCCCAGGGUAUGGAUGGUUGGCGACCUCUCCAAGUUAUACCCCAGCUGAAGUGGUGUUUGUUGGCUACUGGGCAAGCUGUAUUGAAUGAGACUGAUCUUGCUACCCUAAUACUGAAUAUGCUGAUCACCAUGUGUGGAUACUUUCCCAGCAGGGAUCAGGAUAAUGCCAUUAUUAGACCACUGCCCAAGAUAAAGAGACUGCUGACUGACAACACCUGCCUGCCUCACAUAACACAGCUUCUGCUGACAUUUGAUCCCAUUUUGGUUGAGAAAGUUUCCAUAUUGCUCUAUCACAUCAUGCAAGACAACCCACAGCUGCCUAGAUUCUAUCUUACUGGAGUGUUCUUCUUCAUUAUGAUGUACACAGGCUCCAAUGUUCUUCCUGUAGCCAGAUUUCUGAAGUAUGCACACACAAAACAAGCAUUUCGAUCUGAAGAAAGCAAAGGAACUGAUAUAUUUCAGAGGAGCAUUCUUGGCCACAUUCUUCCUGAAGCCAUGGUGUGCUAUCUGGAAAAUUAUGAACCAGAAAAAUUCUCUGAAAUAUUCCUUGGAGAGUUUGACACCCCAGAAGCUAUAUGGAGCAGUGAGAUGAGACGUCUUAUGAUAGAGAAGAUUGCUGCUCAUUUGGCAGAUUUCAGCCCUCGGCUUCAGAGUAACACUAGAGCACUUUAUCAGUAUUGUCCUAUACCAGUUAUCAACUAUCCUCAACUGGAGAAUGAACUGUUCUGUAACAUUUACUACCUGAAACACUUCUGUGACACACUCCGCUUUCCUGAUUGGCCCAUAAAGGAUCCUGUGAAACUCUUGAAGGAUACUCUUGAUUCAUGGAAAAAGGAGGUAGAGAAAAAGCCUCCAACCAUGUCUAUUGAUGAUGCCUAUGAAGUCCUUGGGCUUCCUAAAGGCCAGGGCCAGCAUGAUGAGAGUAAGAUCAGGAAAGCUUAUUUCAGACUGGCCCAAAAAUAUCACCCAGACAAGAACCCAGAAGGGAGGGAUAUGUUUGAGAAAGUCAAUAAGGCAUACGAGUUCUUGUGCACAAAAUCUACCAAGAUCAUAGAUGGGCCAGAUCCGGAAAAUAUAAUCCUGAUUUUGAAGACCCAAAGCAUCCUUUUCAACAGACACAAGGAAGACCUUCAGCCUUACAAGUAUGCUGGCUACCCCAUGCUCAUUAGGACCAUCACCAUGGAGACAUCUGAUGAACAACUUUUCUCAAAGGUGUCUCUGCUGCCUGCUGCAACUGAGUUGGCAUUUCACACAGUCAACUGCUCGGCACUUAAUGCAGAAGAACUCAGAAGAGAGAAUGGCAUAGAGGUGCUGCAAGAGGCCUUCUCUCGUUGUGUUUCAGUAUUAACAUGGUCAAGUAAACCAGACGACAUGUUUGUACAGGUAUGUGGGUAUAUAUGUAAGUGCUACAGUGUUGCGGCUCAGUUUGAAGAUUGCAGGGAGAAGAUUACAGAGAUGCCCAAUAUCAUUAAAGACCUCUGCAGAGUUCUUUAUUAUGGCAAGAAGGUCCAAAGGUUGGCUGCCCUGGCAGUGGAAUGCGUCAGCUCCUUUGCGGUGGAUUACUGGUUACAGACACACUUGUUUCAAGCAGGGAUUUUGUGGCAUUUGCUGGUCUACCCUUUCAACUAUGAUUUUACACUAGAGGAAAGUGGAAUUCAAAAGAAUGAAGACACUAAUCAACAGGAAGUUGCUAACACCCUUGCCAAGUUGAGCCUUCUUGCCCUGAGCCGACUGGGUGGUUAUUUAUCUGGAGACCAUGAGACGCCUGAAAAUCCGGCCAUACGGAAAAGUUUAGCUGGAAUGCUGACCCCUUACAUAGCCAGGAAACUCUCUGUUUCAUCUCCCCCAGAGAUUCUUAAGAUGCUCAACAGUAACACAGAGAGUCCUUAUCUGAUAUGGAACAACGGGACAAGAGCUGAGAUUUUGGAAUUUCUUGAAACCGAGCAGGAGAGUAUGAUCAGACGGGGAGAUUGUGACAAAAGCUAUGGAGCAGAGUUUGUGUUUAGCGAUCAUGCAAAGGAACUUAUUGUUGGUGAGAUUUUUGUACGGGUAUACAACGAGCAGCCUACUUUCCAACUGGAACAUCCGAAAUCAUUUGCAGCAAGUCUUCUGGAUUAUAUUGGGUCUCAAGCACAGUACCUCCACACGUUGAUGGCCAUUACCCAGACAGGGAAGGUGGAAUCUGAUCAGCAUGUGGACAGAUUACAAAGAGUGGAAAUGGCUUUGGAAGCCUUGAGGAAUGUCAUUAAACACAACCCUGGUUCUGAGACUGAAUGCAUUGGCCAUUUCAAACUAUUAUUUUCAUUGUUGCGGGUCCAUGGAGCAGGCAAAGUUCAGCAACUUGCUUUAGAGGUUGUCAAUAUAGUGACCAGUAAUCAGGAGUGUGUUAACAACAUUGCAGAGUCUAUGGUACUGUCCAGCUUGCUCUCUCUCUUGCAUUCAUUACCAACAAGCCGACAGCUUGUUCUUGCAACUCUAUAUUCUCUGACAUCAAGUACAAAAAUUAUAAAGGAGGCCAUGGCAAAAGGUGCUUUAAUCUACUUACUAGAUAUGUUUUGCAAUUCAACCCAUCCGCAAGUCCGAACACAAACAGCUGAGUUAUUUGCCAAGAUGACUACAGAUAAACUUAUCGGCCCAAAGGUUAGAAUUGCUCUAACUAAGUUUUUGCCUGGAGUGUUUAUGGAUGCCAUGAGGGACAACCCGGAGGCCGCCGUGCAUAUCUUUGAGGGAACACACGAAAAUCCGGAACUAAUCUGGAAUGAUAAUUCCAGGGAAAAGGUUUCUACGACAGUUAGAGAAAUGAUGUUAGAACACUUUAAGCAACAAGCAGAAAAUCCUGAUGUAAACUGGAAGCUGCGAGAUGAUUUCACUGUUGCAUUUGGAGAGGGACAAGGGGAACUGGCCAUAGGCGGUGUCUUCCUAAGAAUAUUCAUUGCACAGCCAGCAUGGGUGCUUCGGAAGCCAAGAGAUUUUCUUAUUGCCCUCCUAGAAAAAUUCACAGAACUGCUAGAAAAGAAUAAUGCGCAUGGUGAAACUUUAGAAACUGUGACCACAGCAGCGGUAUGUCUUUUUAGUGCGCAACCUCAGCUACUGGAUCAAGUGCCACCCUUGGGUCACCUGCCCAAGAUUCUGCAGGCCAUGAGCCAUAAGAACAAUGCCAUCCCAAAGUGUGCAAUAAGAGUGAUCCACACUAUGACAGAUAAUGAGCUAUGUGUCCGAUCAAUGGCUUCAUUAGAAACUAUCGGGCCUUUAAUGUGUGGAAUGAAAAGACGUUCAGACGUGAUUGGAUUGGUCUGUGAAGCACUUAAUAGAAUGUUUCAGAAGGAGCAAACAGAGCUAGUUGCACAAGCUUUGAAAGCUGACCUCGUUCCAUAUUUACUAAGGUUGCUGGAAGGGCAAGGCCUUGAGAACUUGGAAAGCCCUGCAGCUACAAAGGCUCAGAUUGUUAAAGCCCUUAAAUCUAUGACUCAUAGUCUACAGUAUGGAGAACAGGUAAAUGAAAUCCUGUCUCGAUCUUCUGUCUGGAGUGCCUUUAAAGAUCAGAAACACGACCUGUUCAUUUCUGAAUCACAAACAGCAGGAUACCUCACUGGACCUGGAGUUGCUGGCUACCUUACUGCAGGAUCGUCAUCAACAGUUCUGCCCAGUGUUCCACCACCUGUGGACCAUGAAGUGGGUGACCUUGGCUAGGUGACACCGAUUCUCCACCCAUGAAGUUUCAAGAGACUUGAUAACUUGUUGCACAAGGGAUAGCUACUUAAACCUACCCUCCAGUGAUUGAAAGGACUAUUGUUUUCUGCCUUCCUUGUUUUAUGACAAAGUGUUAUUCAUUUUUUGUAAUAAAUCUAUUUUUAUUUAGGGAUAUAUAAAAAAAAACAAAUCUGGGAUGUGAUUCUCAUGAAGUAUCACUAUAUAAUAUAAACAAGAAAGCACUCUGUGGAUCAGUUGUCAGGUUAAACCACAUUUUUUUUUUCAUCUUUCUUUUCUACUUGAGCAGAUUCUGUUCAUCUGUAUUUGUUUACAAAACUGUGAAUCAAAAAAUAGUCUCCCUGUUCUCCAUUUUAUACUCCAUGGAUUGGCAGAGCUGUGGAGUAAAACAUGUAAAAAAAAUAUGGUCUAAAGGGCAUUUCUGUUUUCCUCCAUGUUUUACAUGGUAGGCCUCCCUGAACAUUACUGACUGUGUUCUAUCUCAUUUGUUGUGUCCUUUAUAAAUCAUUAACACUAUCCUAUCCAAUGAAGAAGAUAUGUCAUUCCCUGUACAGCAUAGCUAUACCAAAUACACAUAAAAUGAGUAUCUGUAUGAAGAACAAAAUAAAUAAAAUGUCAGCCUGCUAUGAAAGAACCUAGUGUAAUAGUCACAUGAUUCAUACAUUAAACAUUAUUAUAGAGAUUUCUAUGAAUGUACAUUAUACAAAACCUUCAUGUACAUAAAAUUUUAAGAAAAUAAAGGGAAUUGGCAACCUUGUUAAUUAGAUCUCUGUCCCACUGUUAAAAUAGAAACACUGCCGUGUUAUUAAAGACUUUUAUAUUUAA